AUGAAAACCGCCAUCUUCUUGCUGGCGAUACUAGGCCAUGCUGCCGCCAACCUUCUUAUGCCCGGUAUAUACACAGAAGUUGUGGAGAUUCAACAGGGAAAGUAUCAACUAAUCGGUGUACCACAAGCUUCUCUCAACGGAACCGUCGUCCAACUGGAAUACACAUGCGAUCCGGACGUGGAACUUGAAUUUGAUACCGAAUAUGUGCUUCGCUCCUCGCCAUGUGACAAAGAGUUUUUCAACACCAAGGAAAACGAGAGACGCCAGAACUUGGUAUUCUACUUCAACGAGACAAACCAGAAUCACAUUCCCGACACGUUCGACUACAAUGAGAUUGUCUACUACAAGUCGCCGAUUCAAACCAUAUCUUGCAAAGGAUCUCAUGGAAGAUUUGUAUUUCCCAGCCCGACUGGACCAAUGACAGUGAAACAAGUGACACCAGUGCAUGUCGAUCGUGUGAAGAGAGACGCUAAUGGGCUCGGCUCAUUCCAUCCAGCUCAAAGCAUUCCACGGGAUGGUAUAUAUUACAUGAUCAUCAAGGUGGUCGGAAAGUCCUUCCCUUUGAAUCAAAAUGCAAACACCAAUGUGACGAUUUCGGUGCAAUGGAAAGCGCCAUAUGGAUUCCUUUCUGCAAUUGACUGGCCACUGCUUAGAUUCUACAAAAUCAUGUGUGUAUUUUACUCAGCUCUCGCUCUUAUUUGGGUAUACUAUUGCAUCAAGUACUAUCGUGAUAUUCUUCGUAUCCAAUACUGGAUUGGAGCUGUUAUUGUUUUGGGAAUGGUUGAGAAGGCGUUCUUCUUGUCUGAGUACGCUACCAUGAACGACACCGGAUCGAGUAUUGACGGAAUCCUCGAAAUUGCUGAGAUUGUAUCUUGCGCGAAGAAGACAAUGUCGCGAGUUCUCGUGAUCAUCGUUACAGUUGGAUACGGAGUUGUGAAACCAAGACUCGGACAAACAUUGAAUCAAGUGGCUGCUGUCGGUUUGGUAUACUUCAUCUUCUGCUCAAUUGAAGGAAUCGCUCGUGUUUCUAAGAAUACUGUAGAAGCUACUCGUCAAAAACAGUUUGCCGCCCUUCCACUGGUCCUCACAGAAAUGAUUAUUUUCUACUGGAUCUUCACUUCUCUUGCUGCAACUAUCCGUAUGCUCCGUCUCAAGAGAAACGAUGUGAAGUUGAACGUUUAUCGUCAUUUUGCAAACACCCUUGCCUUUUCGGUAUUGGCUUCCGUGAUUUUCAUGCUUUGGAGUAUGAUUUAUCAUAUUUUCCCAACAUGCCGUGUAGAUUGGAAAGAACUAUGGGUUGACACUGCCUUUUGGCACGUGCUUUUCUGCUUCAUCCUGAUCGUGAUCAUGAUUCUCUGGCGUCCAUCACAGAAUAACCAACGAUAUGCAUUCACACCACUUUUGGACGACAGUGAAGACGAAAACGAUCAAGAUGAAAUUUUCAAUGCGUUUGCACCUGGAUACGAUAUUCUGACAGCGAGAACUUCCGGAUCUGGUGCGGAGACUCGCAAACUCCGUGAAGCUGAAAAAGAGCAAGAAAGAAAAGAUGAAGCAAUCAAAGAGGACUUGAGAUGGAUUGAAGAAAACAUUCCAACAACUAUUGCUGAUACUUUGAUUGGUGGUUUGGACGACAAUGAGGAAAUUGAAUCAAAGCAACUGGAAGUUAGCAAGAUGCUAUAA